AUGCUGCAGGGGAAGAUAAAAAAAUUUAAAGUGCCGCUAGACAAUAGCGUUGAUAAUUUUUUAAAGGACAUAAAAAUAAAAAAAAACGAAUAUGUGUGUGCGUGUGAAGCAGAAGAUCUUGAUAAUAUAAGCUUAAAUUGUGAGUCCAUAAUUAAACUAUUUAAUUUUAUAAAUGAGAGUUAUAGUAAUGUGUUGUUAUUAUUAACCCAGGAAGGAUUUGAUUAUUUAUUGAAUUAUAUAAGGAUAUGUGAUAAUUUGGAUGACUUCGAGCACGAAAAGAUAUUUGGGUGCUUAAUUAUAUUGGCUGAAAAAAGUGUUGAUAUAUAUAAAAAUUAUUUUAAGUGUUUAGAAAAAUGUAAUAAAAAAAAUGAAUGGAAUAAUGGAGUUCAAAUAUUAAAUAUGAUUAUAAAUGAAAAUAAUAAUAUUAUGAAUAUGGUUAUAGAAUGCUUAGAUCAAAAUUAUAAGGAAUAUUAUGCAACCGAUAAAAAGAAUAAAUUUACAUUUUUUGAUUUAAAUGAAAUAUUAAUUUCUUAUUUUAACGCUCUGACAUUUAUAUAUAUAAAUAUAUUUAAUAGUUAUUAUAACAGCAAAUUUUUAAAACAGCAGAAUACAGAAAUAGUUAUAAAUGUUCAAAGGGGAAGAAAAAAAAUAAAAAAAGAUAAUGAAGAAGAGAAGAAUAUUGCCAUAAAAAAUUUAAACUCACUUUUAAAUAAUAUAGUUUUAUUGCUGAGUGUUGUUGAUUUUAAUCUUUUGUAUGAUCAGGUAAAUAUAUCUGUAGUGGAUAUAUAUGUCCAAUUUUUUUUAAAUAUAUAUAUUAUAAAUCAAGAGAAUAAUAAUAAUAAUAGUAAUAGUAGUAAUAAUAUUAUUAAUAUUACGACUUAUCAUGACUCUAUAUCUAUGAUUGUUAGUAAGCUACUAAAACUAUAUAUUAAAGAGGAAAGCACAAAUUUUGAAAAUAAGGAUGAAGAUAAAAAUGAAAUAAUUGAAAACUCAAAACGUGAUGUUAAUGAUAAAAAUAGUGGCGAUAACGAAAAAAGCGAUCAUGUGUACAAUGGUAUAUCCAAUAAUGAACCUAAAAAUCAUCAGAUUUUAAAAGAUAAUGUGUAUGUUGUGAAUUUUUAUUCCUAUUCUUUUACUUAUAUAUUUUUAAAUGUGUGCAAAAAAUGCACGAAUGUAAACGUAUGUGAUUCGCUUUUAAUUGCGAAAAAUACGCCGAUACCUAAAAUUAUAAUAAAAGAAUUUGUUGAUUAUAUAAAAGAUAAUUCCUUGUUAUAUUUAAAUUUAAAUUUGCAAUCGCACUCACAGAACGAAAUAAUAAAUAUUUUAAAUAUUUUGGAAUAUUUGUCUAAAAAUUUAAGUUUGAAUUUGCUGGAUUUUUUGAAAGAUUUUAUAGACAUGCUAGGUAUUGAUAUAUAUUAUAUAAGAAAAUAUAUUUUUGACAUAUUUAAAAAUUUUAUAAUUUUAGCCAAAUCUUGGGAAGAGAUAAAGGAAGCACGCGAUAUUCAGGGCAUGCCCAUUAAAGGAGAUAAAAAUGAGAUGACAAAUAGAAAAGGGAAUCGACGAAGUAAAAUAUAUGGAAUAGAUAGUGAAGAUGAAGAUGAAUUUUUUAAAAGGAAAAAAGGAAGUGGUAAUAAUGGGCAUGCUGAAAACGAUGAAUACAAUAGUAGUUUUUUUAGUUCAAAUGAUGAGAAAGAUGAAGAUAAUAGUGAAAAGGAUGAUGGGGAUUAUGAUUUUAAACGCGGUGGAAAGGGAAAGAGUAAAAAAACAAAGCAAAAAAAGGGGGAUAAAAAAAAUCGAAAUAGUAAUAAACGUAAUAGCAAUGGAGAAAAUGGUACAGAUAAAAAACAAGAUAAUCAAAAUGCAAAGAAAAAAAAAGUUACAAAUUUUUUAAAUAAUCUUUCUUCAAAUGUUAAUGAUAGUAAUAUUAAUACAACUUAUAAAGAUUUAAUAAAUAAAAUAAUUUUGGAAGAUUCUGAAUUUUUACAAUUAUGUUUUAAAGAAUGUUUAAAAAAUAGAUCCUUUAUUAUGAAUGUGUUAAUAUCUAGACAAUAUGAUGCAAAAUUACAUGUAAGAUGUCAUUUAUUAAAAAUAUUACAUGAAUUAAUUGAAAAUAAUUUUAUUCCAUUAAAUUAUUACAAUAAUAUAUGUUUGAUAUGUAGUGAAAGGAUUAAUGACAAGUCACCUUUGGUUAGACAGAGAGCAUUUUCAUUACUUUCAUGCAUAGCUAGCGAUGUAGUAAAUAAUAAAUAUGUUAUUCCAUUAGAUACUAACAAAAUAAAAAGGGAGCUAGUCAGUUUGAACAAAAGAAAAGAUAUGAUAAUUGAGAAAGAAAAUAAAGAAAAGGAUGUAUGUGAAUCGGAAGGUAUAGGAAUGGAAAAAAGGGAUAAGAUGAAUGAGAAUGUUUCAAUCAAAAACAAGAAUAAAAAAAAACAUAUAAACCUUUCGGAUAGCGACAGUGAUGAUGCAAAUAGCGAAAAUGAAACUUGUAGAGGAAAGGUAAAUGAUACAGAAAAAGAUGAUGACAUAGAUAGUGUGGAAUCAUUUUUAAGUGAUGAUAAAAAUAAGAGGAGAAAUAGCAAUGCUAAUAAUAGCAAAUAUGAUUUAAUAAUAAAAAUGUAUAAUGAAGUUUUAUCAAUUUCUAUGAUUGUGGAUAACUGUGUUGACAUAUGUUUUAAACUACUAUACUCUAUAGUGGAUGCAGAUCAAAAAAGUUCAAUAAAAUUUUUAAUUUUAGCACAUAUGUGUGGAAAUAAAAAAGCAGGAGAGCAUAUGAAUAACGUAUGGUCUUUAAUAUUUAGUAACAAUAACAGUAUUAUUGAAAUAAUUAUUAACGAGUUUAUAAAUGUAAAUAUAUGUUAUGAAGAUUACAGAAUUAGUGCAUUUAGGUUAAUUAAUAUUAUAAUAAAUAGCAAAUUAAAAGAUAUAGCAAGUAUCGAAAAGAUAAUAGAAUGCUUAUUAAUGAAUGAAAAGAGCAAUUUAAGUAUAAGUAAAUUAUUAGACGAAUUAUUUAACAUUAUAUUUGUUGAUACAUUUAGUGAAAAUAAGAAUAUGAUUAUAAAAGAAGGUGCAUUACUACUUAUGAAGAUAUUGUGUUAUUCGAUACACACUGUUAACACAAAAAAAGGAAAGAAAGAACAAUAUUUUUUUUUUACUAAUAAAAGAAAACAUUUAAUUAUUUUAUUUAUUAAUCAAUAUAAAGAUAAUAUGCAUUUUAUCAAUCUUUUGAUUUUAAUAUUAAAAUAUAACAAUACAAAUAAAAUUAUACAAAGUCUAUUAAUUAUUUUAUUCAAUUUAGUAUUUGAUCAUAUUAUAAAUGACAAAAAAAAUAGCACAUUAUGCAAUUCUAUAUUUGAUUCUACAGAUAGUCCGCAAUAUAAGAAUAAGAUUUCAAGGAUAAAAGCAAUUAAGGAUGUAAAUGACGAAAGUAAUGGCAUCUUUAAUGGUACAAUUAACCCAAAAAUUAAAAGUGAUGAAUAUGUCGAACAUUUUUAUUUGAAUGAUGACUUAAACGUGUGGCUUAAAUGCUCUCAAUCAAUUGUCGAAAGUAUGUAUGAGCAUUUCGAUGAUUUUAUUGUUAUAUUUACGGUAAAGAUAAAAAAUUUGCUAAAUGGGUUAUUUGGAAACAGUAAUGGAGAGAAUAACUCUAAAAACAUUGAUUACAAAGGAUCCAAACUUAAGAAGAAAACAGAAAAGGGGGAUGAUUUGAACAAUAUACCGUGCUCAACAUUAACAAAAUUUAUUUUUGUUUUAGGGCAUUUAGGGUUAUAUACAUAUAUAUAUGCAGAGAAGGUACAGAACAAAUUAAAAAAAUUGUCUUUAAAAAACGAGAAUAAUUAUGGUAUGUGCACAAAGGAAGAAAAGGAUAGAGAAUAUUUUGAUUACAUAGUUGAGCAUAUGAUUGUGUGUAAUAACUUACUUGGUAAAAAACUAGUACCAUUAUUAUUUUUAAUAAUAAACAACCCUGAGAAAUUUUUUAAUGAGUGUUUAAUUGCAGAAGAAAACAAUAUGUGCGAUGAUAUGUCAAAGAAACAGAAUAAAGAUUAUAUACAUUUUAAUAACUGUCAAAAAAUGGAAGAAAAAAUAUAUAUGUAUUAUGACAUGUAUGCACUUAUAUUUGUUUGUUUGCUAACAUUGUGUAAAUUUUCAAUUAUAUCUCAAAGCUUUUGUCAAAAAAUAAUUAGCAGUUGUAGUAAGAUAUCUACAAUACAACUAAUUGUAUCGAUAAUAAUAGAAGAAGAAAAUCAAAUUUUUGGAAAGAUUGCAAAGUUGUUAUCCUCAAAUAGGGAUAAUAAUAUUGGAAUUGAUACUCAGCAAAAUUGGGAUGAUGAUAAUAUUGAUGAUAAGGAAUAUAAUGGGGAUAAUAGCGGUUAUUUAAGCAUUGAAUAUAAGAGAAGUGAAAAUCAUAAGAAAAUAAAUCAGGGAAAUUAUUUCGAGUAUAUACAAAACACGAUAUUGUAUAAAACAAUUUCAAAUAUACGAAAGAUGUUAUUAAUAAGUUAUGCAGAUUUAUUGUAUAGACAUCCAAAUAUUUUAGAACCAUAUAACAAAUAUAUUUUCAAAGUGCUAAAUGAUAAGGACAUAAAUAUGCGAAGAACAGCUGUCUCUGUUUUUACACAUUUAUUUAUGACUGAUACUGUAAAAGCAAAAAAUACAUUACUUGUACACAUGAUGUAUUUAACCAAUGAUACAGAUGAUAAAAUAUCGAGUGGAUCAAAAUCCUUUUUUUAUGAACUUAACCGUAAAUCAUCUAUUACGUUAGUAAAUAAUAUUUGUGAUAUGGUAUCCGUAUUAGCUAAUAAUGAAAGGAACUUAACAUACAAAAUGAAUAAGGAAAUAUUAGAAUUUUUAUUAUUGUUUAUUAAAAAAAGCAAAUAUAAUGAAACACUAGUAGAAAAAAUAUUUAAAAAAAUGAAAGAAACGAAUAUUAAUAAAUCAGACGCUUUACAUUUAUAUAUGCAAGUGCUUUUAAACAUUCAAAUAGAUGAAAAGGUGUUAAGUAGAAUAAACAAAUGCUUUCCUUUAAUAAGAUACAUUAUAAGGGAAAAUCAACAUGUUCAUGACAAUUUAGUACUUAUAUGCAAAAAAGCAACUGAGAAAAAACGAGGUAGACCAGCAGAUGAAACACAACAUCAGCAGCAACAACAACAAAAAAACCAAGCAAAUGGAAAUGAGAAUGAAAAGGGAAAAGAAGAAAAAAAUGAAAAUGAUAAAUCUGAAAGUAAAAUGAAAGAAUUGGCUGAAGAAAUACUUGGAAAAAUUGAAUCUACCACGAAUAAAGCAAAAAAUUUUGCAAAAGCAGCCAAAAUUAAAAAUGAAAAUGAAGUUAUUAAAAAUGAGGAAGAUGCAGUAGGAAAUGAUGAUGAAGUGUAUAGUAAUGAAGAAUGA